AUGGAGGCACUGCUACUAACGCUGCUUGGACUGCAGACAGUGAUGGGAAUGGGACAGUGGUGUGAACACACUGUGGAGGAGAGAGUGGAGCGAGUCCUGGCACCACGUCUGCAGCUCGAAGUGAGCUGUUCUGAGGUGUACCAGUAUAACACCCACGGCUGGAGGGUGGAUGUGGACAGGAUGCGCGUUAAGCAUGGGGGGGAUGAUGGCAUCGCACUCUACUACAAACAGCAGGGUCCCAAGGCAUCCUGCUUCUUGUACAAGCCGCCAGAGAUGGAGAGCCAGAUGGUGAACAAGACAGUAAGGGCAUGCUGUGAGGGGUGGGGCGGAGCACACUGCUCUGAGGGUGUGGGAGUGCGUGGCCAAUGCUACUCUACGUGGAGUUGUGAGGAGUUCCCCGGAGUCCACAACGCCUCCCUGAUGCCGAUGGAGCAGUGCUGCAGCAGCCUGUGGGGGCUGAGUUGGAAGAACGCAUCAGACCAGACCUGCUUGUCUUGCACAUACACUCUCCUUCCAGACUCUCAGUCCUCCCCCCUGGUGCGUGGGGGUCUGCUGGGUAGCAUCAGGGUCCCUCAGGGCUCAGCCACCUGUAUGUCCUGGGGUGGUACCCAUUACCGCACUUUUGACAGGAAGCACUUCCACUUCCAGGGCAGCUGCACUUACCUGCUGGCCUCAUCUACUGAUGGGACGUGGGCAGUCUAUAUCAGUACAGUGUGUGACGGGAGAGGAGACUGCAGUAAGGCUCUGAGAAUGAUGCUGGGUUUAGAUUUGGUGUCAAUUCAGAACAAGAACUUAACGCUGAACAGCCUCCAUGUCCCAAAUGGAGACCCACUCUUCCAAAAUGGAGUAAGUGUCCAUUGGCUGGGGGACUUUGUGUUUGUGGAGAGCGGCCUGGGGGUUAGAGUGAAGUUUGACCUGGCCAAUACAGUCUACAUAACUGUGACCGCUGAACAUCUGUCAGCCACCAGGGGGCUCUGUGGAGUCUACAACAACAACGCUGAUGAUGAUUUCACCACAAUGGGUGGAACCGUGUCCCAGUUUGCUGCCAGCUUUGGCAACUCAUGGAAAGUUCCUGACCAGCAGAAUGAAGGCUGCAGCGAUGCGGCUGAGCUCGGUCACAGCUGCGAUGUCUCUGGAGAUGCGGCCCUACGCAGGCAGGCUGAGUCCAUUUGUCACCGACUGCUGGAAGACAGCUUCACACACUGCCACCCCCGGGUGGACCCAGCAGCAUACGUAGACACCUGUCUGUACCUGUACUGUAGCCUUCCACCUAGAGAGAGGGAUGCAGCAGUGUGUGACACUCUGGCAAGCUAUGCCCGAGAGUGUGCCCAGCAGCACGUCAUCAUAACGUGGAGGACGGCCACUCUAUGUGCUCGCGUCUGUCCCAGAGAUCAGGUCUUUUCGGACUGUGUGUCCUACUGUCCCCCCAGCUGUGCAUCUCAGCAACUCCCUGGGCCCGCUGCAGCUGUGGGCCAGUGUAGGGAGGAGUGUGUAGGAGGCUGUGAGUGUCCGCCGGGCCUCUAUGUCCACCAGGGACUCUGUUUGAAAAGAGACGACUGUCCCUGUUUCCAUCGCAGACGCACCUACCAAUCAGGCGACAGGAUACAGCAGAGAUGCAACAUCUGUGUGUGCAGAGCAGGUCAAUGGCAGUGUACUGGGGAGAAGUGCGCAGCCCAGUGCAGCCUGAUGGGAGCGCUACAGGUCACCACCUUUGACAAAAAGAGAUAUUCGCUACAGGGUGGAGACUGUUCCUUCACCGCUGUGGAGGACUUUGUUGACAGGAAGCUGGUGGUGAGUGUGCGCUGUGGGGAGUGCACAGCAGGAGGAGGUGGAGGUGGUGGUGGUGGAGGAGGACUAGGUUGUCUAAGGGAGAUGUUGGUCACAGCACUUCGCACCACAGUUAUCAUCACAGACACUGGCACAGUGACAAUGAAUGGCCAGAGGGAGGUGUUACCCGUGGUGACAGGGGACCUGGUGGUGCGAAGGGCCUCCUCCUCCUUUCUCCUCAUCCAGACGUUUGGAGCUCAGCUGCUCUGGCACCUAGAUGGACCCCUGAUCCUCAUUACUUUGCAGCCUGGCUUUGCAAACAAGGUGCGCGGCCUGUGUGGAACGCUGACCUGGAACCAGCAUGAUGACUUUACUACCCCAGAAGGAGACGUAGAGAAUAGCGUGUCAUCCUUUGCCGGGAAAUUCACUACAGAGCGUUGUACUCUACCUAGAGGAGCACCGUCUGACCCCUGCACCACGUACACCCAGAGGAGACGCUAUGCAGAGACAGUGUGCUCCGUCAUACACAGCCCCAUAUUCCAAGCGUGUCAUGACGUGGUGGAGAGGGAACCCUAUGUCCGCCUCUGUCUGACGGAGGUUUGCGGCUGUGCUCCACAGAGGGUGUGUCACUGCACCAUCCUCACCGCUUACGCCCGACACUGUGCCCAGGAGGGUGUAGCUGUCCACUGGCGCAACCACACCUUCUGUUCCGUCAAGUGUUCAGGCGGCCAAGUGUACCAGGAGUGUGGUCAUGCAUGCAGGGGUGCGUGUUCAGAUCUACGUCAGGGCUGGAGUUGUGAUGACGGCGGUGUUGGUGGUGGAACAGGCUUUAGGAUGUGUGUUCCAGGUUGCCAGUGCCCAUCAGGACUAGUGCAAGACGACCAGGGCCAGUGUGUGCCCAUCGCUAUGUGCCCCUGUGUGCAAGGAGACAAAACGUAUUCGCCUGGGGCUGUUGUUCAGAACAACUGUAACACCUGUGUGUGUGAGCAUGGGUUGUUUAACUGCACCAAAGAGCACUGUGAGGAGGUGAACCAGUGUCCCGGCUCUUUGGUUUACUCUCCACGCUCCUGCCUACUCACCUGCUCCAGCCUGGACCCCCCAAGUCAACAGCAGGGUGUCUCACAGCCAAGCUGCAGAGAGCCCCUGUCUGGCUGUGUGUGUCCUCAGGGAACUGUGCUACUAGGUGAUGGCUGUGUCCUGCCAGAUGAGUGUCCAUGUCACCAUAAUGGUCGACUCUACUACACUAACGAGACCAUCACUAAAGACUGCAACACAUGUGUGUGUAAGGAGCGCCGCUGGCACUGCAGCCAGUCUACCUGUGGCGGUGUGUGCGUUGCAACCGGUGACCCACACUAUGUGACAUUUGACGGCCGCUGCUUCUCUUUCCUGGGCGACUGCCAGUACGUGCUGGCGAGGGAGACCGGCGGUUUAUUCAGCGUCACUGCAGAGAACGUGCCCUGCGGGAGCACCGGGGUCACCUGUACAAAAUCAGUCACCCUCAGCCUGGGGAACACCAUCAUACACCUGCUGAGAGGUAAAGCUGUGACAGUCAACGGGAUGCCAGUUACUCUACCAAAGACCUACAGUGGCAGUGGUCUGACUUUGGAACAAGUGGGACUGUUUGUCUCACUCUCCUCUCAACUUGGGGUCACUCUGCUCUGGGAUGGAGGUAUGCGUGUGUACGUGCGUCUGGCAGCACAUCUGCGGGGCCGGGUCGGGGGCCUGUGCGGCAACUUCGACGGCGACACAGAGAACGACUUCACAACACGACAAGGCAUAGUGGAGUCCACGCCCGAGCUGUUUGGCAACUCCUGGAAGGUCAGCCCCUCCUGCCCUGAUGUAGCAGACCAGGACCUCCGAGACCCCUGCACUCUGAACCCAUACAGAGUGACAUGGGCCAAGAAAAGAUGUGCAGUCCUGACUCAGGAGCUCUUCUCUCAGUGCCACCCUGAGGUGCCCUUCCAGCAGUAUUAUGACUGGUGUAUCUUUGAUGCUUGUGGCUGUGACUCAGGUGGGGACUGUGAGUGUCUCUGUACAGCCAUUGCUGCCUAUGCUGAGGAGUGUAACCGCAGAGGGGUCUACAUCCGCUGGAGGUCCCAGGAGCUCUGUCCUCUGCAGUGUGACAACGGGCUGGUGUACAAUCCCUGCGGUCCAGCUUGCUCCCCCUCCUGUCCCACAGUGCAGCAGAGUCCACACUCCCAGUGCGGUGUGCUCUCCUGUGUGGAGGGAUGCUUCUGCCCUGCUGGCACUGUCCGACAUGGUGACAGCUGCGUAGUUUCCACUCAGUGUCCGUGUGAGUGGGAGGGCUCCAUGUUUCCACCGGGAACUAGCAUCACUCGACACUGCCAGAACUGUUCCUGUGAGGAUGGUGUGUGGCAGUGCGAGGGUGUGGCUUGCCCUCCUCCCUUCCCUUCCUGUCAGGAAUCAGACUUUCCAUGUGCUGGGGGUCGCUGCAUUCCUUCUCAGUGGGUGUGUGACAAUGAGGAUGACUGUGGCGACGGUUCAGAUGAAAUUUGUCCAUCCACUUACUGUGGCGUGGUGUGUGAUGAAGGAGAGUUCCUGUGUGCGGGAGGACGCUGCAUCCUCUACCUCCACCGCUGUGAUGGACACGAUGACUGUGGGGACCUUAGUGAUGAGAGGGGGUGUGUGUGUGCACCAGGGGAGUUUCAGUGCCCCGGGGAUCAGUGCCUCCCUGCAGACAGAGUGUGUGAUGGACGCAGAGACUGUACAUCUGGAACAGACGAAGCUGUCUGUCCAAGUAAAGUGACCUGUGCUCCUGACCAGUUUGCCUGUAGUGAUGGAACAUGUGUUGCUGCAACAAAGCUGUGUGAUGGAUCGAGAGACUGUCCAGCUGGAGAGGACGAGAACAGAACCAACUGCUACUCUGUUAUCAUCACACCGGCUCCUUCACCUGCCACCCCGACCACACCCACUUUAGCUUGUAGGUCCUAUGAGUAUGAAUGUGCCACUGGUGGGCAGUGUGUGCCUCAGGCUUGGCGUUGUGAUGGGGAGACAGACUGUAUGGAUGGUAGUGAUGAACAGCAGUGUCCUACACCCUGUGGCCCUGGACAGGUGCCUUGCCUCAGUGGAGACCAGUGUGUGGAUUACCAGCAGCUCUAUAAAACUGUCUCACCAGCGCCCCCUGGCAGAAGGAACACCACCACUACCUGUCCAGAAUUCACCUGUAUGGAUGGAUCCUGCAUCCCCUUCAACAUGGUGUGUAAUGGUGUGGCAGACUGCCCAGAUUCCUCACUAGCACCACUCGGGGGCCCCACAGAUGAGCAAGGUUGCAGAAGUUGGAGCUCCUGGGGUCCCUGGAGCCCCUGCAGCGCCUCCUGUGGUACAGGCUCCAUGAGCCGACAGAGAUCAUGUCCUCCAGGAGAACCCCUGCGCCGCUGUCAGGGCCAGGAGGUCCAGAGGCAGCAGUGCUUCAACACCACAUGCCCCGUGGAUGGUCAGUGGCUGCCGUGGGUGAGUUGGUCAAACUGUUCCAGUGGUUGUGGAGGAGUGGAGGUCAGACACAGAGGCUGCAUCCCUCCACGCUACGGAGGCCGAGACUGUUCGCAGCUUCCUGGAUCGUCUAACGUCACCAUGGAAAUCAAGCCUUGUCCUGACGAUGGCUGUGCCAACACCAGCUGUCCCACUGGCCUGGUGAGACACAGCUGUGCUCCCUGCCCAGUGUCCUGCGCCCAUAUCAACAGUGGGACAACUUGUGAUCCCUCUGUACCCUGCUUCUCAGGUUGCUGGUGUCCACAGGGCCAGGUGAUGAACCACAACCAGCAGUGUGUGUCACCAGAGGAGUGUGUGUGCGAGGUGGCAGGUGUGCGCUACUGGCCGGGCCAGCAGAUGAAGGUGGACUGUGAGAUUUGUGUUUGUGAGAGAGGAAGGCCUCAGAACUGCCAGCCCAACCCAGACUGCGCAGUGCACUGUGGCUGGUCAUCAUGGUCUGAAUGGGGAGAGUGUUUGGGGCCCUGUGGCGUCCAGAGUGUCCAGUGGUCUUUCCGUAGCCCAAACAACCCCACUAAAUAUGGAGACGGGAGAACAUGUAGAGGUAUCUACCGGAAAGCGCGUCGGUGUCAGACUGACCCCUGUGAUGAGUGCGAGUACCAGGGUAUGUCCCAUGCUGUGGGACACAGAUGGAAGUCUGACCCCUGCCAAUUAUGUCACUGUCUGCCCAACCUUACAGUGCAGUGUUCCCCCUACUGCCCGUACGCUGUCACUGGAUGCCCACAGGGCCAAAGUCUGGUGCCUGGAGAGGGAGACAGAUGUUGUUACUGCCAAGGAGCCAAUGACACCAUUCCAGUGACAAUCAGCCCUGACACUGUGACCUCCAAGCCAGGAGAGGGCACUAAACCCCUGGUUCCCACAUAUCCACUUCCUCCUGGUGAUGAGUGUUGGUCUCCUCUUGGUGUUCAGACUCUCCCGGCCUCCAGUUUCAGUGCCUCAUCUCAGCAGCCUGGUCACCCCCCUGAGGCAGCUCGUCUCCAUGGUCCAGAACCAGAUGAAUAUAAGGACCUUCCACAGCGGAGCCCUGAGGGACACAGUAGCAACACACAAAGCCCCUAUCUACAGACAGACCUACUGAAGUCAUACAACAUCACUGGUGUGCUAACCCAGGGUGGUGGUGUGUUUGGCACUUAUGUAUCCAGCUUCUACCUCCAAUUCAGCAAAGAUGGCAGUCAGUGGUACACUUACAAAGAGCUCAUCACCGAUGCCCGGCCCAGAGCCAAGGUUUUCUUUGGUAACCAUGACGAUCGAGGGGUGGCUGAGAGCAGACUGGACAGAAUGGUGUCAGCACGGUUUGUCCGCCUGCUGCCACAUGACUUUCAGAAUGGCAUCUACCUUCGCCUUGAGAUCAUGGGCUGUGGAGAUGUAGGAGGCUGCAGAGAGAAGGAGUUCCAGUGUGAGAAUGGUCGCUGUGUGCCAGCAGGUCCACUGGGAGUUGUCUGUGAUGGGGUCAACAACUGUGGUGAUGGAUCAGAUGAGAAGUACUGCGGUGAGCCUUCCAUCCUAACACACCUUUGUUUAUGUCUCUUUCUAUCAUCUGCUACUUCAGGUACAGCUCCAACCAGAGGCUCUCCAGGUCUGCAGAACCAGACCAGCUCUACAGGGGGGCCAGGUUUCCAUAAUGACAGUACAACUGGUGCCCCAGGCCUCCAUUCCACCAGGUCUGGAGUCACAGGUCAACCUGGACUUCAGAAGCCUACAACCCCAAGCACUGGUCAUCCUGGGCUUCAUCUCACCACAUCAGUCCAUCCUGGAGGACCUGGGCUGCAAACCACAAAAGGUGAAGAUGCAGCCCCCUGGAUCACCACAACCACUUCUGAUGGUGGCCUACCCAGAGUGCUUUGCGUGGAGGGCCAGUUCGCAUGCCGCUCAUUUGGCUGUGUGGACUCGGCGCAGGUGUGUGACGGCAGACGGGACUGUGUGGACGGGUCUGAUGAAGAACGCUGUGGAACAACAGCUAAACCGGUGACUACGCAGCGCCCCCUAGUGCCCAACCCCUGCUCUCCCAAACAGUUCUCCUGUGACAGUGGGGAGUGCGUUCACCUGGACCGCCGGUGUGACCUGCAGAAGGACUGCGUGGAUGGAUCAGAUGAGAAAGACUGUGUGGACUGCAUCAUGUCCCCGUGGACAGCAUGGAGUGCAUGCAGUGUGUCCUGUGGUCUUGGCUCCUUGUUCCGACAAAGGGACAUCAUGAGGGAGGCUCUACCUGGAGGGGCUUGUGGCGGAGCCCAGUUUGACAGCCGAGCAUGCUUCCCUCGAGCGUGUCCAGUUGACGGUCAUUGGUCAGAGUGGACAGAAUGGUCAGAAUGUGACGCUGAGUGUGGAGGGGGUGUCAAGCAGAGGAACAGGACCUGCUCUGCUCCUCCCCCGAAGAACGGUGGGCGAGACUGCGAGGGUAUGACCCUGCAGAGCCAGAGCUGCAACACCCAGCCCUGUACCAAAGACAUCGACACACAGACAGGUUGUGUCAUUGGCAUGAUGCUGGUGACUGAGGCAGACUGUAAGGCUGGGAGAGUCGAGUCCUGUCCUCCUACCUGCUCACAUCUCAGCUUGACCAACAACUGCACUGCAGCAUGUGUACCAGGGUGUCGCUGUCCCACUGGUUUGUACCUGCAGCAAGGACGAUGUGUGAAUGCCAGCCAAUGUGUGUGUCAUUGGGACGGCCAAACACUUCAGCCAGGACAGACAGUCAACAGGGACCAGUGUACCAAAUGUGUCUGCAAACAUGGACAAAUCAUCUGUGACCCAUCCAGCUGUAUGGCAAGCUGUCAUUGGUCAGCGUGGUCGUCAUGGUCACCAUGUGAUGUGACGUGUGGACUGGGGCUACAACAACGCUACAGGUCUCCAGUGAUCCCAGCAGGAGCAUUCAGAGUCCAGCCCUGUCAAGGAGACGCUUCUGAAGCCCGCCGCUGCUCCAGCCCCUGCCUGCCUGUGCAACCAGAUGGAGUUUGGAGUAAAUGGACCAGCUGGUCAGAGUGCAGUAAGACGUGUUUCCACCACGUAGACGAUGUGGGAAUCAGGCGGCGAUUCCGCAGCUGCAACCACACACUCGCGUCCUCCAACCGCACACACUCGCUCUCUGCCUGCGAUGGAGACAGCGAGGAGCAAGAGCCUUGCAACACUGUCCAGUGUCCAGUGAAUGGCGGUUGGUCAGAGUGGUCAUCAUGGUCUCAGUGUUCUUCUGAGUGUGAUUCUGGCGUCCAGACAAGAGAACGAUUCUGCAGCUCUCCAUCGCCACAAUAUGGGGGUAACAGCUGCAGCGGGCCUCACAUGCAGACAAGAGACUGCAACUCUCAUCCCUGCUCGGGUGUGUGUCCGGAGGGCAUGGUGUACAUGACAGCAGCCGAGUGUGAGGCUCAGGGCGGUGCUUGUCCGCGGGUGUGUUUGGACAUGACCUCCACAGAGGUGCAGUGUGCCACCGCCUGUUAUGAUGGCUGCUACUGUGCCCCUGGCUUCUACCUGUUCAACAGCAGCUGUGUACCCCUGGCACAGUGCCCGUGUUACCACCAGGGGGAGCUGUACCCUGCUGGUGCCACCCUGCCUGUGGACACCUGCAAUAACUGCUCUUGCACUAAUGGAGAAAUGGAGUGUGGAACAGCUCCCUGCCCUGUGGACUGUGGCUGGAGCAGCUGGACGCAGUGGAGCGCUUGCAGUCGAACAUGUGACGUCGGUGUGAGAAGGCGAUACCGAUCAGGGACCAAUCCACCUCCAGCUUUCGGCGGACGCCCGUGCAAAGGAGACAGAGUUGGGAUCGACACUUGUAGCAUUGAACCCUGUUUCGGUGUGAAGGAGCCAUGGAGCUCCUGGUCAAAAUGUUCAGUGACGUGUGGAGGAGGUUACAGGACCCGAACACGUGGGCCCAUCCGAACCCACGGCACCCCUCAGCAGUUCAGCGCCUGUAACCUGCAGCCAUGUGGUGAUGGUAGAGUGUGUCCCCCUGGCCAGGAGUGGAAGCAGUGUGUGAGGGGAGCAGUGUCCUGUACAGACCUCUCGAUGGACAUCAGCAGUAACUGUACACCAGGCUGCCAGUGUCCACAUGGGACUGUCCAGCAGGAUGGCGUGUGUGUCCAGGAGUCUGAGUGUCGCUGUGAUGUGGAUGGAGAGCAGUACAAACCAGGGGACAUUGUUUCAACUGAUUGCAACAACUGUACAUGUGAAGCAGGGAGGCUGGUAAACUGCUCUCGAGUCAGCUGUAACGUUGAUGGCCAGUGGUCUGUGUGGACUCCCUGGGGUCAGUGUUCCGUCUCGUGUGGAGCAGGUCUCCAGUCUCGCUACCGGUUCUGUUCCAGCCCCCUACGCUCCGGCAGCGGUCUGCCGUGUCUGGGACUUCACCGUGAGGAUCAAGUAUGCAUCACCGCCCCAUGUGACCGUGAUGGCGGCUGGGGUCAGUGGACUAACUGGACAGACUGUACCAAGUCAUGCGGCGGGGGUGUUCGGAGCAGGAGGAGAGAGUGUGACAGUCCCACUCCUGAGGGGGAAGGGAAUUACUGCGAGGGGCUGGGGACAGAGGUUAUCACCUGUAACACUGACCACUGCCCAGUGGCGCCAUGCUCCAAAGUGCCAGGCACAGUGUUCAGUAGCUGCGGACCCUCCUGCCCACGCUCCUGUGAUGAUCUGGCACACUGUGAGUGGAUUUGUGAGCCAGGAUGCUACUGUACAGAAGGAAAGAUCCUGUCUGCUAACGGGACAGUGUGUGUAGAGAGAGAAGACUGCCCCUGCCUGGAUCUGAGCACUGGAGGCCGGCUGGAGCUAGGAGAGACCACUGCAGCCCCUGAUGGAUGUAACAACUGCACCUGUGAAGGCGGGAGGCUCAACUGCACCAGAUAUCCUUGUCCAGUGUCAGGCGACUGGUGUGAAUGGUCAGAGUGGACUCCUUGCUCCAGGACCUGCGGGGCAGAGUCUGUGUCCCGCUACAGGAGCUGCGGCUGUCCCGAGCCCAAAGCAGGAGGGGAGCCCUGCUCUGGAGAACAGGAAAUACACAACAGGAUCGGGGUUCAAAUCCAGAGACAGCCCUGCCCUGUUAUCACCUUCUGUCCAGUCCAUGGUUCUUGGAGUCCCUGGUCAACUUGGUCAGAUUGUGACGGGUGCGCUGGAUCGUCCACUCGCACCAGGGACUGUAACAGCCCUCCCGCCAGAUUCGGUGGUCUGCCCUGUCUCGGCGAAAGCAGGCAGCGCCGCAGUUGCCACGACAAUGUUACCGUCUGCUCAGACUGCGGUGGAGGCCAGGAAGAAUGGCCUUGUGGAAAGCCCUGUCCUCGCUCGUGCUCCGAUCUCCAUGUCGACACAGUGUGCCUGGACUCCCCUGAGUGCAGCCGGACCUGCGGUUGUCCGGGCGACAUGGUCCUCCAGGACGGAGCGUGCGUGGCGAGGGAGGAGUGUCGCUGCAAGUACCACAACAGCUCUGCUACUGGUGGUCUAGAUUCCAGCAAUGCAUCAUGGGUAUGGCCUGGUGGGUCUGAUUGGCAGUUUGUAAACCCAGGAGACAGCGUCAUCAGUGACUGCAAAAACUGUUCAUGUGAGGCCGGGGUUUUACAGUGUCAUUCAGUCCCCGGUUGCCACGUCGACGGCGGCUGGAGCCAAUGGGGAGCCUGGACCAUAUGCUCGCUUCCAUGCGGUGGAGGAGUCAAGUUCAAGAGACGCCAGUGUGACAAUCCGUCUCCUCAGAGCGGCGGGAGAGGCUGCCUGGGGGUCGCUGAACAGCAGAAAGAAUGCAACACACAUGUGUGCACAGACUCGGUGGGUCCGUGGCUCCCUUGGUCUCAGUGGUCGGCGUGUUCGGUCAGCUGUGGCGGAGGGCAGCAGUCCCGCUCUCGUAUCUGCAGCUCUCCACCCUGCAACGGCCUCAACCGCCAGAGCAAGACCUGCAACACCCAGGUCUGCCUCGAAGUGGGCUGUCCUCCUGGCAGGCUGUACAGGGAGUGCGAACGAGGUGAAGGUUGUCCGUUCAGCUGCGCUCAGGUCAGCGGCAGGGAGGCCUGCUACUCAGAUGGAUGCGAGGAGGGCUGCCACUGCCCACCUCACACCUACCAACACCACGGACUCUGCCUGCAGGAGUGUCCGUGCCUAGUGGACAAAAAGUUUCUGGCUUCUCUCCAGAGUGUCUCAUUAAUGCCGGUCUCAUCUCUGCUCCUCCAUAACAUCUCUGAGGGAGUGGAGCUCCAGCCUGGAGAGACAUUGAUUCAUGACUGCAGCUCCUGCGGCUGUGAGCACGGCAGGUGGAACUGUUCCUUAGAGCACUGCCCGGUCGAUGGUGGUCUGUCAACCUGGGGCCCCUGGAGCCCCUGCUCGCUGUCCUGUGGAGGUCUGGGACUGAAGACUCGCUCCAGGGGCUGCACUCAGCCCGCCCCGGCCCACGGAGGGAGAGACUGCCAGGGGCCAAUCCAGGAAACCACAUACUGCCAGGCCCCCGACUGCCCAGUUAUAGUUGGUCCCACAGAAGAACCAGCCCUACCAGACGAGGAUGCUGGCUUCUCUCCCUGGUCUCUGUGGAGUCCCUGCACUAAAACCUGCAGUGAUGCUCUCAGGCCGGCCACCAAGUCCCGCCAUCGACGGUGUAUCAAACCUCCCUGCUCCGGAAACUCUCACCAGGAAAAAGCCUGUAACCUUCCCCAGUGUGCCGGUGGUGGUGAUGACGUAUGCGUGGGGCCCGACUGUGUGAAGAGGAACUGCUCGUGGACAGAGUGGGGGAAUUGGGGCUCUUGUUCUCGGUCCUGCGGGGUGGGACAGCAGCAUAGGAUCCGAACCUUCCACAGCCCCGGUACCAACGGCUCAUGGUGCGAAGACAUCCUGGAAGGAAACCUGGAGCAUCGCUUCUGUAACAUCAAGCCCUGCAGAGUGGAUGGAGGCUGGUCCAGGUGGAGUCCCUGGUCCCGCUGUGAUAAACGCUGCGGUGGAGGGCGCUCCAUACGCACCCGCUCCUGCUCCAGCCCUCCACCUAAGAACGGUGGAAAGAAAUGUGAAGGAGAGAAGAACCAGGUCAAACCCUGCAACACCAAGCCCUGCGAUGAGAAAGGGUGUCCGCCGGGCCAGGAGUUCGUGUUGUGUGCCAACCAGUGUCCCCAGCGCUGCUCAGACCUCCAGCAGGGCAUCGAGUGCCAAGGCAACGCCGAAUGUCAACCCGGCUGUCGCUGCCCUAAAGGCCAGUUGCAGCAGGACGGCGCGUGUGUACAGCUGUGGCAGUGCGACUGCGUGGACUCACUGGGGCAGGUUUGGGCGGCAGGCAGCUGGCAUCAGGUGGAGUGUAACAACUGCAGCUGCUCUGACGGACAGCUCCUCUGCACCAAUCACAGCUGCCAGCCCAUCUGCACUUGGAGCUCCUGGUCCAGUUGGGCGUCAUGCAGCGUUUCCUGUGGGCGGGGCCAGAGAACAAGAUACAGAUCUCUUGUCUCAGAGACCGGGGGAACAGAUUGCCAUUUCGAGGAAGUCCAGCAUAAGUCCUGCGAUCCAGGACCCUGCCCGCCUCUCUGUCUCCACGACGACAAGGAACUCUAUGUGGGAGACACCUGGCUGCAAGGAGAGUGUAAACAAUGCACAUGCACUCCAGAGGGAGAUUACUGCCAAGACAUCGACUGCAGAGUGGAUGGUGGUUGGACCCCGUGGUCGGUGUGGUCUGACUGCUCAGCGACCUGUGGGCGGGGCACGCAGGUUCGAACCCGUGCCUGCAUCAACCCCCCACCACGAAACAAUGGAUCUCACUGUGAGGGGCCAGAGAGAGAAACCCAGGACUGUCAGAUUCCUCCUUGUCUGGAUGACCUUUGUCCCUGGUCGCCAUGGUCACCAUGCUCCCGGAGCUGCGGCGCAGGGUCCGUGGCGCGCCGCAGGGUGUGUGCGUGUGAGGAGGGAGGAGACGCUGCCUGUCCCGCUGAGAUCGAGGCAGAGAGGAACAGACAGGAGACCCAACUGUGUUACAAACAGCCCUGUUCAGGUUGUCCCAUGUCAGAGUGGAGUGUUUGGUCUGAGUGCUCCUGCGUGUCUCAGAGGCAGCAGCGCUACCGUGUGGCUCUGUCCCCCGCCACCAGGGGACAACAGUGCACUCCUGUUGAAACGCAGAGCAGGACGUGCAGCCUCAGUCAGUGUGACGACUGUGAAGCCCCCUUCGUGUACUCAGAGUGUGGUGCUCCCUGUGAGAAGCACUGUGCACUGCAGGGCCGUCAAGAUCUGUGUUUGGGUGUCAAAGAGUGUACACCUGGCUGCUACUGCCCACAGGGUCUGCUGCAGCUGAAUGGUAGCUGUGUUCCUCCAGAGGAGUGUGGCUGUAUCUACCUGCAACACCAAGCUGCUGGACAACCUCCCACACCUGUCACUGUACCUCAGGGAGCCACGGUCACCAUAGACUGCAGUACCUGCCUCUGCCAUGAGGGGACUUUGCAGUGUGACAUGAGAGAGUGUGAAGUCAUCCUCAGCGAGUGGUCAGAGUGGACUCCCUGCUCUCCAUGCGUACCCUCCUCACAGAACACCACCUUUCCAUCAGGUGUCAACGGAACUAAAAUGAUCUCGAUCCAGAGGCGUUUCCGAGGCUGUUUAGACCUGGAUUCUGGCCUCCCAGUGUCCGGAGACCAAGAGGAGAGCCAAUGUCCAGGACCGCUGGUAGGGGAGAGGCUGUGUCCAGAUCCUAACAUCUGCAGAGAUCUGUGUCAGUGGAGUGCGUGGAGCGGCUGGACGGUCUGUGCAGAGCCGUGCAGCGGUGGAGUCAGGCAGCGCUACAGGCGGCCCCUGGCCUCUGAUCCGGGGCCCCGCUGUAAGAGCCAACAGACACAGAGCCAGAGCUGCAACACAGGACUCUGCCCAGGUGAACACUGUGAGGACAGGGGGAGGAUCUACCAAGAGUCCUGUGCCAAUCAGUGUCCUCGCAGCUGCACUGACUUAUGGGAGCAUGUGCAGUGUCUCCAAGGAGCCUGUCACUCAGGCUGCCGGUGUCCAGAGGGACAGCUGCUGCAGGACAGUCACUGUGUGCCAGUGACAGAGUGCCGCUGUGGUAUCCCAUCAGGCAACGGGACACUGGAGUUCAACCCUACAGACAAGCUUACCAUGGACUGCAACACCUGUGUGUGUGAGAACGGCACUCUGGUGUGCACCAAGCUUCCCUGCCCAGUGUAUGAGCCCUGGAGCCAAUGGAGCACCUGCUCAGCUUCUUGUGGGCGUGGCCAGAUGACGAGGACACGCCUCUGCCAGGACACGAAGGACGGUCCUUCCUGUGCUGACACCACACAGACAGAGAGCUGUGAUCUGCCAGCAUGUCCAGCGGGAUGUCUGCUGAGCGAGUGGUCACCCUGGAGUGAGUGCAGCACCACAUGCGGCGGCGGGUUGUCGGUACGGAACAAGACGGUCCUUCAGGAGCCGGAGCCUGGAGGGACGGCCUGUGCUGGACCACUUGAGCAGCACACUGUCUGUAACACCAACAGCUGCCUGCCUGAGUGUCCCACUGGCCAGGUGUUCAAUGACUGUUCAGGUUCCUGUCCGUACUCCUGUGAGGACCUGUGGCCACACACUCAGUGUUUAGCAGGACCCUGCACUCCUGGGUGCACCUGCCCCACUGGACAGGUGUUGUACGAAGGCUCCUGUGUGUCCCACGCAGACUGUCCCUGUUCUCCACUCUCUCUUCCACCUGCUUACCAAAGCCGGAAUGUCAGUACUGAAGAGCUCAGAGAAGCUCUGCUGCCACCUGGAACCACCAUUGAGCACCUCUGUAACGCAUGCGUGUGCCAAGCAGGAGCGUUUAACUGUACCUCAGAGCCAUGUGACGUGGACUGCGAGUGGUCCAGCUGGUCCCGCUGGAGCCCGUGCUCGGCCAGCUGUGGUACAGGACAACAGAGCUCCACCAGAAGCAUCCUGCGGCCCAGCCAGUAUGGAGGGGCCCCAUGUGAGGGCCCUGACCACCGUAGCACUGCUUGUGUGGCCCCUGACUGUGCGUGUCCCGCGGGGGAGCAGUGGAGGAGGAGCGCGUCGGAGGAGGCGCCGCCGCUGUGCGAGAGGAGCUGCCUCGACAUCUACUCCUCCUCUCCCGUCAACUGCAGCCGCUCGGCCGAGGGCUGCGUGUGCCGAGAGGGGCUUUACCGGAACACGGAGGGCGUUUGUGUUAUCCCUGCCCUCUGCCCCUGCCAUGACCAGAACAUCCUGCGGGAGGCAGGAUCAGAGUGGGAGGAAGGCUGCCUGUCGUGUCGCUGUGUGAACGGGAAAAAAGUUUGCCAGCUGAGAUGCCCCCCACUGCAGUGUGAAGAGGGGGAGGUGAAGGUGGAGGAACCAGACAGCUGCUGUCCAGUCUGUAGGAAACACUUUCCAGACGAGCCCGUGCCAGAGUGUCGUCGCUACGUGCAGGUCAGGAACAUCACGAAAGGAGACUGUCGGCUCGACAACGUGGAGGUCAGCUUCUGCAGGGGACGCUGUCUCUCCGGGGCUGAUGUCAUCCUCGAGGAGCCGUACCUCCAGUCACUGUGCGAGUGCUGCAGUUACCGCCUGGACCCGGACAGCCCGGUCCGCUUCCUCAGCCUGCUGUGCGCGAGCGGGGAGAGCGAGCCCGUCGUCCUGCCCGUCAUCCACAGCUGCGAGUGCACCAGUUGCCAAGGAGGUGAUCUGUCCAGACGCUGAGCGAGCAUGAGUGUGUGUGUGUGUGUGUGUGUGAAUGUGUGUAUGCACUUGAGAGAGAGAGCGAGAGGAGGAUGGGUACGAGCGCCCAGCUGAGUUAAAGCGGUAGACGGAGGAUGAUGAGACCCUGUUGAUGUACACAUUGUUCUGUGGUCCUCACUGGUCAUGUGACUGGAUGCUACUGCUGAUGGUAAACUUCCUGUUCUUAGUUCAUUCUUCAUCCUGUACAGCCUUUUUUUCUACUGUAUGUAAUAUUAAAGAACCUAUGAUUGAGUCCAUGUAAGACCUAUUACUAUAUGUUAAAAGAUGUUUUUAUUUGUAUGUUUAAAGAAAUGUAUAUGUAUGUACCAGAGGUCUCCUUUAAAUUUAACCAAUUAGAUUGAUGUUACAUGUGACAGUUUACAGUUCAGUUUCAAUAGAGUGGUCAAUAAACAUUUUAUACACAUGGAGACAA